AUGAAAGAUUCAAUUUUCAUUCUUGAAGCAGACCGACCAACAGGCAUUGCCACUGUAUCCGCCCUUUUCAACACUGGUUCUAAACAUUCAAAUCGUCAUAUUCACGUAACAGCUGGUGUUAGUCCAAAUAGUUCACAAGAAGUUCGUACAAAACUUUCACAAUGCGGAGCAGAAGUUGUGGUUAUCGAUGAUCCAAAAAAUGUGAAAUUUAAAAAUGUUCAUAAAUUAAUGAUCAUCUUAACACCCGAAAGAUUGGAUGCAGGACUCAUUUAUGUUGAAGCAGCUAAUCGGGACAUGGUUCCUUUCGUAUUAUUACAAUCGGUUGUUAUGGCUGAUGAACGGAAUGAUUAUGUAGGAAAGAAGUAUGGAGAACUUGAAGAGAAAGUUAAAGAAUUGAUAACAAAAGAAUGUACUAAUGAUGAAGUUAAAGAUUCUCAUGUCCACCGUUAUUGGUCAAUUUUAAGAGCCGGAGUUUAUGAUCAUUACUUGUUGGCAUUUAAGGAUUGCAUCAAAAAAGGCGUUUUAGACCUACCUAUUGGUGACGGCGAGUUUGCGCCAGUUUCAGUCGAAGAUGUUGGCAAGGCAGCAGAACAUAUGCUCGAUAAAUCUGAAAACUAUUACUCCAAAAUUUAUACCAUUACUGGGUGUGAACUUUUGUCUGGAAAACUUCUUGCAGAACGUCUAAGCCAGACUCUUCAUCAUGAAUUAGUUUAUAAACCGUCUGAAGAUGAACAACAUAUCAAAGAACACAUUAAGCAAUAUAUCACUACUCCCGUUGAGGUUGAAACCGUCUAUCGUUUAUUCGAGUUUAUUAAGGAGGGUAAAUUGAAAUAUGUAACUCCUCAUUUUACUGAAAUUGAAGGUUGGAAACCUAAAACGGUUGUACAAUUCUUCUUGGAAAACAAAGUUGAAAUACUAAAUAAUUAG